ACUGGUGUGAGAGCUAGAGCAGGAGAGGGCUAACGGUACGUAGAGGAACAGGGAUGUACAGCAAACACAGGCAGAAAAACGCCAGGAUAAACCAAACACAAUGCGUGUAUUAUCUAACAUUAUUUGUACAACUGCUACUACUGAACAUUUUACUGGAAACUGUGAAAGGGGAUCUCAUAAACCAAGGGGAUUCCAGAGGAGAAGUGGUCAUUCCUUACUGGCUCUCCAGAGGUCGGGCAAAACGAGCCAUUGGUGCAGAAUUUCAGAUGCAGCACCCAGCCAGGGGAGAGAUAUCAGUGUGGGCUGAGGGCCGGGAGCUGGUGAUGGAGAUUGAACGCAAUUAUCAGCUGCUGGGCCAAGAUUUUACAGAGACCCAUUAUACUGAGGAUGGGGUACCAGUGACAAUCUCACCAAAUUGCACAGACCAUUGCUUCUACCACGGUCAGGUGAGAGGACACAGAGACUCAUGGGUGGCUCUGAGUACCUGCAUUGGAGUCAGAGGCCUCAUUGUUCUAAAUGCUAACAACAGCUAUUACCUUGAACCAAUGGGAGAGCGAGAUACGGCAGGUCACGUGAUCUACCGGACAGAGCAUCUCCCAGUGAGGGGAGGGACCUGUGGACAUGACCACAGCUCUCCACAGUCAGGGAACAACACGGUGGACAUCGCUCGUCUUAUUAAGCCCUUGCAUCAAAGGGUACGAAGGAAUGUCUGGAGCACCACCAAGUACAUGGAGCUUUUCAUUGUUGCUGACAAUACUUUGUAUCACAAACAAAAUCAAGACUACAGCAAAACGAGGCAAAGAAUCAUGGAAAUUGCUAACUACGUUGAUAAGUUUUACAGGGCACUGAACAUCCGGGUGCCCCUCAUCGGGCUGGAGGUCUGGACGAAGGGAGACCAGUGCAAAGUGAGCGAUGAGCCCAACGCCACCCUCUGGUCCUUCCUUCAGUGGAGACAGAAACUGAAGGCACGCAAGAGACACGACAAUGCUCAAUUGCUCACGGGUGUCGUGUUCAAGGGUACGACCAUCGGCAUGGCUCCCCUGGAAGGAAUGUGUAGCCACGAGAAUUCAGGAGGCAUCAAUGUGGACCAUUCAGAGGCUGCUAUUGGUGCGGCUGCCACAAUGGCCCAUGAGAUCGGACACAACUUCGGGAUGAGCCACGAUAAUGAGGGCUGCUGUGUGGAGGCCUCACCCGAGCAGGGAGGCUGUGUCAUGGCUGCAGCUACUGGGCACCCCUUCCCCCGCGUGUUCAGCGCCUGCAGUAAGAAGGAACUGGCCAGCUACUUCCAGAAGGGAGGGGGGAUGUGUCUCUUCAACAUGCCCAACAUGAAGGAUCUGGUCGGGGGGAAGCGCUGUGGGAACGGCUUUGUAGAGGAUGGAGAGGAGUGUGACUGCGGAGAGCCCGAGGAAUGCACAAGCUCCUGCUGCCAUGCCAACAACUGCACUCUGAAGGCAGAAGCUCAGUGCGCCCAUGGGGUCUGCUGUGAUCGCUGCCAGCUGAAGCAGGCUGGUACAUUGUGCAGAGAGCCUGCUGGAUCAUGUGACCUCCCUGAGUACUGCACCGGCGCCUCCCCCUACUGCCCCUCCAACGUCUACCUCCUGGACGGCACCUCCUGCCUGUACAGCCGCGCCUACUGCCACAACGGCAUGUGCCUCACCCACGAGCAGCAGUGCGUCCAGCUCUGGGGAUACGGUGCAUGGCCGGCUCCUGCCGCUUGCUUUCAGGACGUGAACGCUGCAGGGAAUGCCUAUGGGAACUGUGGGAAGGACAGCCUGGGAAAUUACGUGAAGUGUGGCAGGAGUGACGCCAUAUGUGGUAAGAUUCAAUGCCAGAGCGCUGCGAAGAAGCCCAAGGGGACCAAUGCCGUUUCCAUAGACACCACCAUCCGCUUCAAUGGGCGGGAGGUGAAGUGCCGUGGAACCUUUGUGUAUGCCACACAGGACGGGGAGGGGGAUCUGCCUGAUCCAGGACUGGUCAUGACCGGGACCAAGUGUGGGGAAGGAAAGGUAUGCCGAGAUCGAAGAUGCCAGAAUGCGUCUUUCAGUGAACUGGAUGUCUGUGUCUCUAAGUGUCACGGCCAUGGGGUUUGCAACAGCAACAAGAACUGCCACUGCAAUGCGGGCUGGGCCCCCCCAUUCUGUGAUAAGCCUGGCCUUGGGGGGAGCAUAGACAGUGGGCCUGUACAGAAUGACAGUCAGCAGGGUCUCGUGGCUGGUCUGCUCUUUGCCUUUCUGGUGCUCCUGCCCGGAGUUCUGGGAAUGUUCUACUGCUGGAAAAUCAAGACGUCCCCUUUUCAUAAGUGGCUGGCCCGGAGGAACCAGAACACACAGACGUCAAGAAAUGAGGGGUAUGAUCAGAAACCAAAAAAUGGUCUCCUGAACUCUGCUUUUCAUCUGAAGACCAUCGGAUCGUCUAACAAACCCAGCAACGCAAAGAAGCCGUCCCACCUGAGUCGAGAGCUCCUGCCCUUGAGGUCUGGGCCAGAGCCAAACAGAUCCCAGCUUGUAAACAUUGUGCACCCCGUGCGUCCUGCGCCUAACCCGGGGAUCCACCCCGGUAAUCCACCCCGGGCAUCCACUCCGGACAUCCAGAAGAACCUCAAAGAGCUCCGGCCGGUGAAGCCCCCCGCCCCUGCACAGAAAUCAUCUGGCCUGGCUGAGAAACUGAUACCUCCAAAGAAACCUCUGCCAGUCCACCCCCCAAGGACACCCUUGCUGGUGUGCGACAGGCAGCCAAGGGGCUCUCCAACCCCACCUCAGAGGCCCCUACCCCUGAACCCCUCCACAGAGCCAGCGAAGCGGGGCAGGAAUGAAAUGCUUGUGAUGGUGCCGACAGUGAGCAACAAACCCGUCGGGAAAGUUGCCGACAUCCCUCCAGCAAAACCACUCAAACAAGUCCCAUCUCAAAAGCCUAUACCAGGUGCGAAACCUAACACAGCCUUGUUUCCCUUUCGCAAAUGACCCGAGGAGAAAAGUGAUGGGACUACAAUCGUCUUUUUUUUUUUUUUUCUUCAGUGAGACUAUUUGCACUACACAGUACCGUGUAUGUAGGCAGGGUUAGCAGCUCAUCCGGCUGUCCAGCAGUCAUGUUUAUCUCAUGAUGUGAAUGCCGGGACCAGCACUGGAUGUUCCACACUUACCUGAGGACUGCUGCCACCGCCUCUGUCCCGCCCGUCCUACACACGAUGACGCGGUUGUGCACUAAGAAAUGCAAACUGAGAAUAGAUGAAAAUAUGAUGGGGGAAAUCGGCCUUCUCAAAUGGAUCCAUCGACCCAUCGUAUCUGUGCAUUAUUAGUAUGUUUACCAUUAGAAGUAUUUUGUAAGCAUAAUGUGCCAAAGAUUUUCAUUUGUUUUUGCUUAAAUUGUGACUUUACAAGUUUUUUUUCUUUCAUAAAAAAACACAUUUACCGAAAAAAGUCCAUCCCCCCAUCAACCCAACAGCGUACUAUUAACAAGUUGCAACUAUGCCCAAUUGAGUUCAGACAAGGGCUGGAUACUUUUUAUCUAUUCUUCUAAUAUGGUAGCAGUAAUGAAUAAAGACUAAUCAUAAAGAUUAUACAAGCUUAUUUUUGAAAGACUUUCCCGAUAAGACACAUCUUAUCUUGUGCAGCAACCUUGAGGUAAUAUACUGUGUGAUAUUGCAGAAUAGAAAAAUGCCUUAUUCUGCUAAGACACCUCAUGAGACAACAACCUGUCGUCUUGUUAAAUGACUGUCACACUUAUCCAAAACUUUGAAAUACCAGUUUGCUUUUAGUUAGUUUUAUUAAUUAAAAAAAAAAAAAAAUCUCAUUGUUCGCAAAUUAUGCUGCAUUGCUAAAUUCAGUUGUUUUAAACAUACUUGUCCAUUGCAUUGAACUUGCUAUAUAAAAAGAACACACUGUGAACAUUUAGAGUGCUGUGGUUAUUUCAGUCGUGAGGGUCGAUGUAAACAAUUCAUUCUUCAAGGUCUAGCAGCUAUCCUCAUUUGUAGGAAAUCACAGUACUCUGAACGUCCAUGGUAAAUUACUCUACAUGUGUUCCACAAGUAAGCUUUCAGUGGCAUUCUGUCUUUCUACUGCACUAGCAGAUUAGACAUUUAAAGGUAUUGUUUUCUUGCUGUCCACAAGCCACAGAUUCUGCACAUCACUAUUUGCCUAUAUACCAGUAAAGAACUUUCUAUUGAGCUGUUAUUAACUUUACAUUGACUCAUUCUGUGAUAUUUCAGUCUUGAGUGUGAUGCUGGAAUCUAAACUAUUUAUGUUUAUAUAUUGAAAAUAAAAAAUAAACAUGGUUCAUAUUGGGGUAGUCUUUCCCAAUACCAAUGAGUGCCAUUACAGAUGCACAAUUGUUUGUCAAUAAGUGUAACAGCGAUGAUUCUUGAGCUAAUUAAUGACCCAGGAUAAAUGGAUAAAAAAAUAUACAUGUGUUUAAAAAUGAUAUACCUAUGCCGUGCACAGGCUGCUGCAUAAGUAGUGAUGUGAAGUCAGAGGGGUGUUUUUGUAAUGUCUUUGGGGUCAGAAGCUUAAAGGCAGAGUAGAGUACCUUUGUGAUCCCUCCAGCAAUUGUGUUUUAGCUCACACAGCCUUUCCUGUUCAUACAAUUUAAUAAUAAUCUCCUACUGUUUUGUUGUUGGCUGUAUUUGCCGAACUGUUCCGCAAUGUUUAAUUCUUCAUGUGCAUGGGGAUUACUGCCAUUAUAAGGUUAAUAAAGAUGGAAUUUGCA